AUGAAACGACUAAAGCUUUCUCUUCUCCCUCCAUUGGUAUCACAGACUCAGAACUUGCUUCUACCAAUACCACAAGAUAUUGAGACCAUCUCCCAGUUGAGAAAACACAUCUUCCGUUCACUUUCGACAGUACGCGAUGGGGUACAGAGUAGCAAGGAGAUCCGAUUGGAAAUUGAGGGGUUUGAGCUUUUACCAGGGAGUGAGGUAGAUAUCAUACAAGAUGGAGAUGUGGUGAUAGCUAGGACGGCAGAUUCAAGCUCUCAUUCCACUUUGGUCAAUGGUGUCAGCAUCGACGAUGGGAUAGAGGGAGACAGUAUAGUUGUCAUUGGGACUAAGAGGAAAGUUAAGGCAAGAGCAUCCACCUUGGUUCCGAAGAGUAAAAAGGUCAAGAUGAUACCGAGUAGGGUGGUUUCCGCUACUGCUACCCCUGCUCUUGCACCUCUUCCGCCAUCAUCAUCUUCUAGCUCGCAAACCUCUUCUUCCUCAGUAUCUACUUCUUCUUCUUCGUCAUCAGCAUCAUCUCCCUCUUCUUCUUCAUCUACGUCUUCUGUCUCUGAAUCCUCCUCCUCUUCUUCCACUUCAUCAACCUCUUCCUCAGCACCAAACCCCUCACAGUCCAAACCGUCAACUCGGCCCCCUUACCCAAACCAGACCAACUCUAUACACAUCCCUCCAGGAAAAGGAAAACCCUCCACUCAACUACGAAAUCUUCGUCGAAGAAAAGCCCGUCUCAUGAAAAAACUAUCGGGUUCAAUACCCUUCCCUAGUCUCCCUUCCCACUCCAACACCCAAUCUCAUAUCCUCACGACUACUUCCACACUACCCACGAAUCCACACUCAAAUCUGAUGGAAGAAACGAGCCGAUCGGUACUUCUGCCACUCCCUUUUGAUCUCCCCAGAGACGCUGGAAAUCCGAAUAAACGGGGUGAUUACUUACGACAAAUGGGAAAAAUACAAGCUACCAAAACGAUUUUCUCCCCUCCAGACUCUCCUCAUCAGCCUGUGGCUAACGAGCCUACCGCAGGAUCAGGAACAAUUGUGGAUCCGGAACAAACACUUUGUGAGAAUGUGGAACAUUGGAGAGAAACCGUUAAUGGGAAUGUAGCAAUUCAAGAGAUGACAGAAUCAGCAGGGGGAAUUAGGAAAAAUAAGAGAGGAGGUAGGAUUGUACCCCCUUCUGAGAAGAUUUUACCGGAUAAUAUGUUUGUGACUAGUGUUGAUUUCAGUCACACAGGAACACGCAAUAGAGAAGGAAGAAUGUCAUUCUCCCAGAGUCAAGAUCAAUUCAUGGAGGCAGAAGGGAGUUUCGAUAUUGAGGAGAUUGACGAAGGACAGCACGGGACGUGGGAUGGAGUGAUGGUGGGCACAAAGGUCAAUGGGGUAGAUCGUGAGGGUGGUGGUUUUGGAUCAGUGGAUGAUCUUGGAGUUCGUGAUGAGGCAGAGAAGGGCCUCAAUGGUGUGAACGGCCAUGAAGAAAACGACCAAGAUCAGGCUCUCUGGACCCAAGCAGAGAGCGAAUACGACAAUUUACCUUUACUCACACCUAUGACCUUUCUGUCUUUCCCUCCUAAAGAUAUUCUAGUAUGGAAAGAAUUAGAAUUGAACAUGAUCACUUAUACACCUGAACUUCGAAUCCAUCUAGCUCGACUUAUUCCUCAUUACAAUUUCCUGUCAAAGGAUGAAGAAACCCACGAGAAGAGAUUCUUUAGUUUACAAUUCGAAUUACUUUCUCGUCCUAGUCAUAAUGAUGAAUAUGAAGGUUGGGAUGAUACAGAUCCUAUUGAGAACCACGAUGUUGAGGAUGGUGGGGAAGGAAAAGAAAAAGAAAGAGAAAAAGAAAGAAUGGAAUUGAAGAUUGAAGAUUUACUUUUAAGUAAAUGGAGAGUUAUGGUAAUUCCUCAAUGA